AGAGCCUCUCUUUGGACUCCAGUUGCUUUUCUUCUCCUCCUGUGAAUUUCCUUCAAGAAUUGCCAAGCUACCGGUCUAUUGCGCGCAAGAGGACGACCAUCCCUUCCCGAGACAAGCAGAGGGACACUUUGCUGAAGCCGACAGACUCCUACAGCUCCCAGCUGGAGGGUGGGAUCACUGAAAACCUCAAUAGCCAAUCCAUUCGCAAGUACGCACUGAACAUCUCUGAGAAGCGGAGACUAAGGGACAUUCAGGAGACCCAAAUGAAGUAUUUAUCCGAGUGGGACCAGUGGAAACGGUAUAGCAGCAAGUCUUGGAAGAGGUUCCUAGAGAAGGCUCGAGAGAUGACCUCCCACCUGGAGCUGUGGCGGGAGGACAUUCGCAGCAUAGAAGGGAAAUUUGGCACUGGGAUUCAGUCCUAUUUCUCCUUCUUGCGGUUUCUGGUGUUGCUGAAUUUGGUGAUAUUUCUGAUCAUCUUUCUGCUGGUUUUGCUCCCAAUCUUGCUCACGGAAUACAAGAUCACCAACAGCAGCUUUGUACUCGUCCCGUCCAAAGACAAGGAUAUUCAAUGCACAAUAUAUCCCAUAAGUAGCUCUGGACUCAUUUACUUUUAUAGUUAUAUCGUAGACUUGCUCUCUGGCACUGGUUUCUUGGAGGAGACCUGCCUCUUUUAUGGACAUUACACCAUUGACGGGGUGAAAUUUCAGAACUUCACGUAUGAUUUGCCCCUGGCCUAUUUGUUAAGCACAAUUGCCUACCUCACCCUGAGCCUUCUUUGGAUAGUGAAAAGGUCGGUGGAAGGCUUCAAGGUCAACCUGAUCCGGAGUGAGGAGCACUUCCAGAGUUACUGCAACAAGAUCUUCGCCGGCUGGGACUUCUGCAUCACCAACCGCAGCAUGGCCGACCUAAAGCACAGUAGCCUGCAGUACGAGCUCAGGGCAGAUCUGGAGGAAGAAAGAAUACGGCAGAAAAUAGCAGAAAGGACCUCAGAAGAAACGAUCAAGAUUUACUCUUUGAGACUGUUUUUGAACUGUAUUGUUCUGGCUGUUUUAGGGGCAUGCUUUUACGCAAUCUAUACAGCAACUAUAUUCUCGCAAGAACACAUGAAGAAAGAAAUUGACAAGAUGGUUUUUGGAGAGAACCUCUUGAUAUUGUACCUGCCUUCUAUUGUGAUCACUCUGGCCAAUUUCAUUACCCCGAUGAUCUUCGCCAGGAUCAUCCAGUAUGAGGAUUAUUCCCCAGGCUUUGAGAUCCGGCUGACGAUCCUUAGGUGUGUCUUUAUGCGGCUGGCCACCAUCUGUGUGCUGGUGUUUACCCUGGGCUCCAAGAUUACAUCCUGUGAUAACUAUUCCUGUGAACUCUGUGGCUACAACCAGAAACUCUACCCGUGCUGGGAGACCCAAGUUGGGCAAGAAAUGUACAAGCUGAUGAUCUUCGACCUCAUCAUCAUCUUGGCUGUGACGCUUUUUGUGGAUUUUCCUAGAAAGCUCCUGGUGACCUACUGCCCCUCUUCGAAGCUGAUCCAGUGCUGGGGGCAGCAGGAGUUUGCCAUUCCUGACAACGUUCUGGGCAUUGUGUACGGGCAGACCAUUUGCUGGAUCGGGGCGUUUUUCUCCCCGCUUCUCCCAGCAAUUGCGACCUUGAAAUUCAUUAUCAUCUUUUAUGUGAAAGAGAUGAGUCUUAUUUAUACCUGCAGACCCUCCCCGAGGCAGUUCAGAGCAUCCAAUUCUAAUUUCUUCUUCCUGUUGGUGUUGUUGAUUGGCCUGUGUUUGGCUAUAAUACCUCUGACAAUCAGCAUGGCACGCAUCCCUUCCUCGAAAGGCUGCGGGCCGUUCACCAACUUCAACACCACCUGGGACGUGGUCCCCAAGACGGUGAGCACCUUCCCCAGCUCGCUGCAGUCCCUGGUCCAUGGCAUCACAUCCGAAGCCUUCGCGGUGCCCUUCUUCAUGAUCAUUUGCCUUAUUAUGUUUUACUUCAUCGCCCUAGCCGGAGCACACAAGCGGGUGGUCGUCCAGCUCCGAGAGCAGCUGUCCCUGGAAAGUCGUGACAAGCGUUAUCUAAUCCAGAAACUAACAGAAGCCCAGAGGGAAAUGAGGAACCGACUCGACUGACAAUGAAGAUGCUGCUCUGUGUCUCUUAUAAGCUUACCUAGUGACCUGCCGAGCCUGCAAAGGCCGCCUGACUUUUGAGCAGGAAUUUUAAAAUAUAUUUUUCUGGACUUCGGGCCUUUUCUGAAAGUGGAUCCAUACGUGCAGCUGCGGUGGCCAUGUUUACGUAAACCAGCCCCUAUUUAGGGCUUUAGUGACUUAGAAAAGCAGGUUCAAAAGCAAGUCUUUGCCUUAG